AUGUCCCAGCAUACUCGUCCGUCCUUCACACCCCUGCCAUGCACAUCAAACGACCCAUGGGAGCCACUCAAAUUCACUACGGGAAUCUUAGGAAUCUCUGAAUGGGUCCCGACUUCCCAGUUAACACUGUGCGCCCAUGCUCCUCAAAUACCACUCGACAAACGGCGUAACCCUUUCAUUUCGAUAUGUAUACACCAGUUCGAAGCGGCCAUCUCCCAGCUGGUACAUCAUCCAGAAUACAACUCUACUCUAAUCCUCCGAUCGGAGGUCAUCGAAGACUCGGCGGCAGUGGCAGCGGCGGAGUAUGAGCUACCCCAACUUCAGGGUUUCCGUCUCGUCAGGAACCUUCGGCGAAGGCUUCUGCCCCGUCGGCCAGGCCGCGACCCGCCAAUUGAACAGGACUGCACGUUUUAUGCCGCCUCCAACGGUGUUUCUUGCGGUGACGUUGCAGACUCCGAACAAGAACACGUAACCGAGGAUGACACUGAGGCUCUGGUGAAUUGCCUCGUUCUGACCCCAAAACUUGAACCUGGACGCUCUAUGCCGUAUUACCACCCUGCAGUCUUUCACAUUGCUUUUCGUUAUCUUACUUCUCCCCGAAGUGGAGGCGAUGGCGUGAUGUAUGAUAAUGACGACAAGUCAGAAGCGCGUUUGCGGAUUGAGGUUGUCUUGCGACCUGGUGCACCUGAUCCUAAAGACAUUAACUCGCGAUUAUAUCGCACGUGUUUAUCACUCCUUGAAACCAUUCAUCGGUAUGGCUGGGGAAUUUCCACGAAUUAUCAGAAGCAAGUUCAUCACGACUGUUUGGUCUCACGAGAAGAGUACCAGGACUUGUACCUUGUUCUACGCGAACGCCAUAAACAUCUUGUAGGACAAUGGCAUGAGAACACGGAUCCACUUAAACACGUUUUCGAGGACAUUGGUAUUGCCACUUUCCUUAUGCUAUUGUGGAAGCAAAACGUGCAUGAUGACUCUGCGUCAUCAUCAGAGUCCGUAACAACCAGUGGUGAGGUCCAGAACGAUAGACCAGAUAGCAUGCCUUGGCAUGAUUGGCCACGUCCCCGCAGUUUCCUCGACUUCGGUUGCGGGAACGGUCUCCUCGUGCGUAUCCUUCUCAGCGAAGGUUACGUUGGUGAAGGAAUAGACCUCCGCGCACGUAACUCAUGGCAGCAUUAUCCUCCACAAAUACAAGCGCAUCUACACGUUCACGCUCUAAACCCGCUCGAUCUAUCUCAAUCUCAAUCUUCAGGAACAACAGUGCCUUCUUUAAUUUCGAAUCGAUUCUUUACGCCAGGCACGUUUGUUAUUGCGAAUCAUGCUGAUGAGCUUUCACCGUGGACGCCUGUGUUGGCUACGUUGACGGACUCGAGCGGGUUUUUGUCUAUCCCUUGUUGUCCUUGGUCAUUUGACGCCCAGUUCCAUCGUUCACAACUUCGUUUAAAAGGAUCUCAGGGCUCUGAACGAGAAACGGCAUUUGCAUUCUCUCCUCCAGACGGCGAUGACCCUGACUCGUUCGUGGAGUCCCUCCGUCUAGGUGGUGUAGGCAACGAUGCAGGAAAAAGCAGGUAUGCAGCGUAUCGAAUAUGGCUGGCUUGCCUUGGUAUACAAUGCGGUUGGGCUGCAGAGACGGAGACGCUGCGGAUUCCGAGUACGCGCAAUUGGGCACUUGUUGGUCGAAAACGAUGUGGGAAUAGAGAGCGAUCCAUUGUGACUGCAUUAGCUAUCAUAGAGCAGGUCCAUGAACGUGGUUUGUUCAAGACGCGCAGACCAGAGGGCAAGGCAGGCGACCAUUAG